CGAAAAAUGCCGAAGUGAAAACGAGGUUGAAAAUAUCGAGCCUCCAUUUGAUCUCUUUGACCAAAGAAUUUCACAAGAACAAGGCGUGCACUACGUUUCGUGUCUACUUACGACUUAAAAAUGCGUUACGUGGCCGCUUACCUGCUUGCUGCUAUGGGAGGCAAAGUCCCAACUGCUGCCAUGAUUGAGAAGAUACUUGGAAGUGUAGGAAUUGAAGCAGAGGCGGACAAAAUCAAGAAAAUAAUUGCUGAACUGAAUGGAAAAAAUCUGGAGGACCUGAUUGCAGAAGGUCAGAAGAAACUUCAGUCUGUGCCAUCUGGUGGUGCUGUGGCUGUGUCGGCGGCGGCGGCAAGUGGUGGCGGUGGGGCACCUGCACCAGCCGCUGAAGGCAAAAAGGAAGAAAAGAAGAAACCAGAACCAGAGUCAGAGUCUGAGGAUGAAGAUAUGGGCUUUGGUCUCUUUGAUUAAAAGUGUAGAAGACACACUCAAAUAAACAUUUUAACAACAACAAAA